AAAACCUCGUUCGGAAAAUUAAGCCUACGACGGCCGUGUAUCGCUCCACUAUCGCUAAAUAAAUUUUAUUUUUGAUUUUGGCACAACAAAAACCGAAAUCUGAUUUUGACCAGAGUCAGUUCAAUUUGAAAUUUCGACCGGGACGUGUUAAAAAGGAAGGAAAAACUCCAUAGAGUGGAAAUUCCGGAUUCGUUCAGUAUUCAGAUUGUUUCAUUCAAUUAAUAUAAAGUAAUGGCUCCUCGCAACAAGGAUCAAGAACAAGAAGUUCUCAACUGGAUUUUCCAAGUUAUCGGCGAACCAGUUCCAUCUGGCCAAUAUGAGGAUAUUCUUCGUGAUGGUAUUGUUUUAUGCAAACUUGCCAAUAAAUUGGCCCCCGGAUCAGUGAAGAAAAUCCAGGAGCGUGGAACCAAUUUCCAACUGAUGGAAAAUAUCCAAAGAUUCCAAGCAGCUAUUAAGAAAUACGGUGUUCCUGAGGAAGAAAUUUUCCAAACCGCUGAUUUAUUCGAGCGUCGUAAUAUUGCCCAGGUCACAUUAUGCCUAUAUUCACUAGGUCGUAUUACACAGAAACAUCCAGAAUACACUGGACCUAGCCUAGGACCCAAAAUGGCCGAUGAAAACAAAAGGACAUUUUCCGAAGCUCAAUUGCGUGCUCAUGAGGGUGAACUCAACUUGCAGAUGGGCUUUAAUAAGGGUGCGUCGCAAUCCGGCCACGGUGGAUUCGGUAACACUCGUCACAUGUAAAUAAAACAAUUUGAAUGGAGUAAUGUUAAGUUUCCACUACCGGUAUCUUAUUUUGUAAAGUUUAUUUGAAAACAACACUUUUAUUUAAUUAAAGUAAUUAUUAAAUUAAAACACA